UGGUCAUGGUUUAUAUUCAAGCAAUAUUUUAACAUGUAUUGAUUAUCAUUUAAAUUUAACCCUUAGAGGUCCCUUGUGCAUUUCUUAGUGCAGGCAGUCAUGUUUUAUUUAUUUAUUUUUUAAUAACUUUGGCUGUGCUGAUGCAAUUCUUUCUAUUUUUGCUCUGGUGUGUGUUCUUGGGGAAGUUUACCCAAAAUAAAAUGUCCCCCUCCUACUCCAUUUGAAACAUUGCAUAGACAAAAAAGGAACACUGAGGUUCCUCAGACAUUUUUUGUGCCAGUGAUUCCCUUUCAAAUUACAUCUUUCAAACAAAGCUAAAUAUCACCAUACUUUGUAUUUGCUCCGUGUUCCUGCAGCCACCAGGCAUUGAAGUUCUUGUUUUUAAUUUUUCCACCAAAUGGCAUGGAUUCUCUAUAAAUGGGAAGACACUGAUUUACAACACACUCAUGCUCAUUUGUGACUCUCUAGAGCCCUCAAGUCACCCCCAAAAGAAGUCCUCUGGACAUAACACGCAAAAAUGAUUUAGUUUUUUAUAUUUUUAUAAUGUUGAUUUUUUUUUAACAAAACCUGGUGCUAAAGGGGUUACAUCUCAAAAGCACUAAAAUAUGUUACUAUAUUUGGUGAGGACUGAAGCUAAAGAAAUAAUCUGUGUAAAAAAGUUUUUGACUUUGGAAAUAUUAUGUAAUUUUAUGAUACCUUUUGCCAAAACGCUUUUUUGUGUGUGAGGGUCCCUAGUAUAGCUUUUUUAAGGAACCUCCAAGGGUUAAAACACAAAAACUGAGACCUAAGUAGACAUCUGAUGAAAGAAGCAUGCAUAUAAAGCUUUUUAGUCUUUCUCCUACAUUUUCUUCCUUUCACUAGAGAGCUGGAUGCUUAGUACGAGAAGUAAAACAAGGUUAGGAGAGCAAAUGCGUAGCGCAUGUAGUCUCUAAGAUACAUGGUUUAUUGAGGUUGUACUACACUCUUGUUGGACAUCAUGUCAUUCUACAGCUGAUCCAUCACACUCUGGAACACGUGCACUCUGGUUGUGGAGCUCUGGCUGCAGAUCUGUCAUUAAAAAAGCUGUAAAACAUCUUGUCUGACUUGAAAACAUGCCACAGCUAAACAGCUGUACUACAUAUAAAAACCCAGGUCCAUCAUCGAACUGGGCAGAAGCAGAACGUCUAACUUAAAUCCCACAUUGAAAAUGGAACCAGUUAUGAUAUAAACCCUUUAAACAUGAAUUUAAAAAGAGCUGGAUAUACUUUUAUAACUAUUCACCCAGAUAUUUUUGAAGGCUAUUACAUAAAUAACUUUAUACAGUGCAUCAGAUUUAAUUGACUGAGAGUAGAAAGUUAAUUAAAUCAAAACACCAAACAUUGUUUUCUGAACUUCUCUAAAGGUUUACUAAUAUGAAAACAUUUUCCGUACCUGAUCAUACACACCAAAAAUAAAGCCAACUUUCAGCCAACUUUUUGUCAUAAAAAAAACAUUGUUUAUGCUACAAUAAGGAGGUUGUUAACAGACACAGGUGAGGAUUCAUGGAGUCGUCCCAUAUCAGAUGGGUUCUGUUUGAAACUUGUCAGAGAUGAUUGUGUCGGUUUCUGGUCUAUGAUACAAGCUACAGCCAGAAAUUACAACCAACCAUCACUGAAAUGGGAAGGAAAGCGUUAAAAACAUUUCCACGCAUCCAUACAAAAGGACGGAACAUGAGGACUAAACUUGAGGUCGAACGGACAUAAAAGAAAGUUUAAAUUCCUUGUGAAAGUCCCAACUGGUGAGAUUGUAUGGCAACUAAACAUUUGUCAGUAUUAAUAUUCCUAAAAACAACAACAUUUCUGAAGCUUUGUAAGGAGAAGAUCAGCCCAAUAAGGUGGGAACAACUCAAGCAAAACAUAAACAGAAUAUUGAUUCUGACAGGAUAAGUCUUCAGAACUGUCAGAGCAGAGAAAGGGAGGAAAGUGGAAAGCAGAGAAAAUGAGUGGAAUGCAUAAAUAGACUUUUAUUUGAGUUAAAGAUGGAGAUUUCUGCAUACCAUCCAACCUGGUUUAGGUAAAGGAGACUUUGGUUUUGGGUUCAUUUUCUACCUCCGUGAUAAAUGAACCGAUCUUUCCUUGUCUUUCCUCUCUACCUGCCAGGUUGUUUUCUGAGCGUGCACCACGCCCUGUGAGGUUUGUCUUCAUUCACCCAGUAUUAAAGGGCAGCUUGUAUCUCAGCAUCCUAUAGGUGCACAAAAUAUCCUUUUCUCCCAGCAGCUGGUUGCUCUACAACCACUGCACCCAACAACACCAGUAAACAUGCUCCAUAGUUUAGUUCUUUUCUAAACACAGCAUAGUAGAAGAUUUGUGAACAAUCUAUUUUGCAUCCUUUCACAUCUGCUGUUGAUUUGCACAUUUUCUGUUAUCGUGCAAAUUUGCAAAUACAAAGAAAAUUUUGCAAAAAUAGUUUGAUGACUAAAUUGCAACAAGACAAUGUAAUGCAUAAGUCUUAUAAAUGCCAAGAUGUACCCAGUUUUGACACACGACAAAGUCCCAAGUAGCAAUUUUUUUUAUUUCAACAAAUUAAAAAAAUUAUUUUCUACAAAGUGUUUUUUCCAGUUAGUCCCCAACAGUUGCAAACCAGUCAGAUGCGUCUAUGGACCAAAGUUUUCAAGGCAGAUCUUUAUUCUGUUCUCCAUAAUCGUCAGUGGCAUUUUGGGUCUACAGAUGGAUGGCGUCAAAUAAAAAAAAUAAAAACAUUUGAAAAAGCAAAGCAGCAAGUUGUCUCUACGUAUUUGAGACUCGUCCUCUUCAUUCUAAGAAGAGAUGAACAGAUACUGCAGAAGCUCCUGCUAAUGGAUGAAAAGACAAAUGGGGCUUAAAAAGGGAAAGCAGCUUCCCAGGAGCGUGUCCUCAGGAGAUAAUUAUAUGACAGAUUCUUUGUCCAGUGAUUUUAUCGUAUGUCAUUUUCUAAGCUUAGGUGAAAACACAUUCAGCAACAAGGAGUGCAAUGUGUUACACGGUACAUCACAUUAGGACAGUUUCAAGUUAUUUUGCCAUAAGUGGUUGUCGCCAUGAGCAGAUAUCAAAGAUGACAGGUAAAGUCGAGUUAAAACACAAAUGAAACAAAUUCGAUUUUUGUUUUAUUCCUGCCAAUAUUAAAUAUUAAACUGUCACAUACUAAACAUCAAAGUGUUUUUACAGCUAUUUCUUAAAAACUGGUUUCAGUGGUUCUUGAGCCAUGAACUUGAUUGACUUCACUCUGUACCCUCUUAGGAACACCAGUGCCACGGUCUGAGGUGGGGGGUUCUGCUCAGAUCUUCCUCCGAGUGUUUGUUUGCAGACUCCAACUUGAUGCCAGCAAAGCAGUCCCUGUUUCUCAAUGCCAAGGAACCUCGCCUCCAUGUCUUGGCCCUGCCCCGGUUGCCUAGGAGAUACGUCAUCAGGAGCCGCCAAGAAGUGUUCCAGUGUUCAUGUUGUAUCAAGACGUGUGUUCUCUGUUUGUAAGCUGUUUAGCUAGCUGAGCGAGGAUACACGGGAGGUGUCUUGUAGCAUCUUGUAGCUUAGCCUAAGUCAAAAAUUUCCCAGAAUACACUGCAGUAUUUUCAAAAGGACGGUUGGAUCAGAAGCCGGCAACUACUUCAGUGGCAAAUUUCAAGUUUGAAAGUAAGUGUCACAAUCUGCCCCUGCCCGCCUGUCUGUGUUCCUCUCCUGCCAUGAUUACCCUUAUUGUUCUCACCUGUCCCUCGUUUACCUGUCCAUGUUUCCCUAAUUAGCCCUCUGUAUUUAAACCACCUGUUUUGCCCCUGUCCUUUGUCAGUUCAUUGUUGUUGCUGGUGUGCCUGUUCAUCCCAUCCUACCAUUAAACCAUUUUUACUUUUACUGAAGCCUGCAUUUUUCCUCCUGCUCAGCUCAACCACACAUGGUCCAUCAUCUCCACCUCCUACACCGUGACAGAAUGAACUGACCACAACCUGGACCUGUGGUGAGUUUUUUGCAUCUCCCUGGAGGAUUAAUUUUUUUUUACUUUUUCUCCUUUAGCGGAGGGAGAUUCUGGACUCAGUGUGUUUGGCGCAUCCUACCUGUUCUCCGGGGUGGUCGAACCAUUGAGGGGGUUCGGCGCAUCCUACUCGUUCCCGGGCUGGUCGAAUUCCUUCUCUUCUCCUGCUUUCUGCCCCCGCCCCGUUUGUGUCACAUGGAAGCCGCGGAUCCUGGAGCUACAAGGGAGUUACACCCCCUACGCACGCCAUCGUUCUCCGGGGUGGUAGGGCUGGUCUCCCCGCUCUUCUCCUGCUUCCCUGCACCCAAGCCUCUGCCUGAGACCCAGCUAAUCGUGCCGUGUACCUGCUCUGACCGGUUGUCGAGCACCUGCCGCCGAGCUGGGUUCCCUCGCAUCGCUCCUGCCGUUUGUCCACUUCCUGGUCCACGCUGUGGGGCUUAUGCCUGCAGGUUUCGUGCUGCUGCAGCCUCUGCUGGGUCCCACGCCUGCUCCUGCAGUUCUCUGCCUGGGUCCCACGCCUACUGCUGCAGCCCCUGCCGCGUCCCACGCCUACUGCUGCAGCCCCUGCCGGGUCCCACACCUACUGCUGCAGCCCCUGCCGGGUCCCACGCCAACUGCUGCAGUUCUAUACCUGGGUCUCACGCCUGCUCCUGCAGUUCUCUACCUGGGUUCCACGCCUGCUCCUGCAGUUCUCUACCUGGGUUCCACGCUUGUUCCAGUCCAGUCCAUGUUCCAGUCCUGUCCAGCCCUGUCAAGUCCAUGUUCCAGUCCUGUCCAGUCCCCGUCCAGUCUCCGAGUCCCCGUCCAGUCUCCGAGUCCCCGUCCAGUCUCCGAGUCCCCGUCCAGUCCCUGUCCAGUCUCCUGUGUCGUGUGGCCUUAUGGGCGUCUGGUAUCCGCCCUUAA